GAGGCAUCAGAUGACCAACAGCAGCUCCAUCAGCGAGUUCCUCCUGCUGGCAUUCCCAGACACAAGGGAGCUGCAGCUCCUGCACUUCGCGCUCUUCCUGGGCAUCUACCUGGCUGCCCUCCUGGGCAACGGCCUCAUCCUCACUGCUAUAGCCUGCGACCACCACCUCCACACCCCCAUGUACUUCUUCCUCCUCAACCUCGCCCUCCUCGACCUGGGCUGCAUCUCCACCACUCUCCCCAAAGCCAUGGCCAAUUCCAUUUGGGACACCAGGGCGAUUUUCUAUGCAGGAUGCAUUGCACAGGUCUUUUUCUUCUUCUUUUUCUUUUCAGCAGAGUAUUCUCUUCUUACUCUCAUGUCCUAUGACCGCUACGUUGCCAUCUGCAAGCCCCUGCACUACGGGCGCCUCCUGGGCAGCAGAGCUUGUGCCCAGAUGGCAGCAGCUGCCUGGGGCAGUGGGGUUCUUUAUGCUCUGUUGCACACUGCCAAUACAUUUUCCCUGCCCCUCUGCCAAGGCAAUGCUGUGGACCAGUUCUUCUGUGAAAUCCCCUCCAUCCUCAAGCUCUCCUGCACAGACUCCUACCUCAGGGAAAUUGGGCUUCUCACAUUUAGUGGUUUUCUGUUUUUAGGGUGUUUUGUUUUCAUUCUUUUCUCCUACGUGCAGAUCCUCAGGGCUGUGCUGAGAAUGCCCUCUAAGCAAGGCCGGCACAAAGCCUUUUCCACAUGCCUCCCUCACCUGGCUGUGGUCUCCCUUUUUCUCAGCACAGGCAUGUUUGCCUACCUGAAGCCCCCCUCCAUCUCCUCACCAUCCCUGAACCUGGUGAUGACUGUCCUGUACUCGGUGAUGCCCCCAGCAGUGAACCCCCUCAUCUACAGCAUGAGGAACCAGGAGCUCAUGAAUGCCAUUAGGAAAGUGAUAUCAUGGAGAUAUUUAAGGAUGUGCUGAGGAAACU